GUGCCUGUCCCUCGUCUCUUCUAGUGGGCUCAGAGGAAUGCUGGCAGGGGAUGGAGUUAAUCUGAAGGGGGAGUGCCGCAGGAGAGAGUCUAUAUAUAUAUGUGGACCCUGGGAGGCUGGUGCUUUUAGUUGGACUCUGUUGGAAUACUGGAGAACACCUCUGAACAUUUCACCAGACUAACGCAAGCCCACCCUGACUCACACUGACCACUCAAAGGUUGAGAGGAAACGAGGACUGACACGUAAACAUUUUUGCUGUUGAAACUGAAAGAUGGCCGAGCAGCUGCAGCAACUUGUUGCACAGAAGAAGGAUGUUGUCGAAACAGUCAUGGAAGUGUUUGAGCAGGGUGCAGAAGUGGUGGCCAGCAUUGCUGGAGAUCUGUUCCCCGUGUUCUCCAUCGCAGCUCCGAUCGUGAAGCUGGCACUGGAUAACGUGGAAAGCAAAGAGGCCGAGUACAUGAAGGAGCAGUUCCAGAAAGUGCGAGAUCGCCUGGAAGUCGUUUCUGAAGAAGUCCAGCAGAUAAACCAGGAGAUCAAGAAGACCGGCAUAGAUGCCACCUAUUUCUCCGUGGAAGAGAACCUGACCAACCAAUUCCGCAAAUUCAUGGACGUCCUGAAUGCAAAACCUAAAUUCAGAGAGGUCAGAAAGAAAACGUUCCUGGAGCACUUCAACAGGACAGGGGGUGAUAAAAACCUGCACACUCUUUACAACGCUGUAACCGGAGAUAACUUCUCAGGAGAGUCUGUGCUGGAAAUCACUCUGAAUUACGAGCAGAAGAGCCGCAGGGCGGUGGAGGAGUUUUGCGCUACCCUCAAAAAGUUGUUCUGUGUCGGUUUGAUCGCCUUUCUGGGACACUCAGCAUUGAAAGGCAAUGACAAUGAGGAGAAGCUGCUUCAAGAUUGGGGCGAGAAGAUGAAAGUGGUGCAGAAUAAAAUGAACAUCGUGAUUGAAGACUGCAUCAACAGCUUUCCGACGCAGGCCGAGCUGGACACCAAACGCAUAGUGAGAGACCAAAGCAACAAAAGCAAUCAGCAACUGGCUGACUUGCUGGUAGAGCACCUGAAAAAGAAGUAUGACUGGGUUUGCUGGUCAGUCCGCAUCUUUAACUCCCCCACCGGCCUGUUCACCAACAAGAAAGACUUCCACGGUUUGACUGGAAAGAGUCGCUAUCAGGUGCCAUUGUCAGAUGACAAGCUAAACGUUGUGGUCUCCUACAGCGCCUCGCCGGAACCUGUCGAUAAAGCCCGGAUACAGAGCAUGAUUUUGGAGCAGAAGAAGGUCACAAUGACGCCGUUGGCUGAACAGCUUUUCGAGACAAUCCCUGUCUGUGUGGUUCACACAAUCAAGACCUCAUGCAAAGAUCUGGGCUUCUCCAGCAGCUUCUCUGACAAGCUGCACUUCUUUGAGAAGUUCAAGAACUUCCAUGUCUGUCUUCAUUCUGCUUAAACAAGGAGGAGACAUAGAAAGAUUAACAGCUUAGCAGAUGUUGUAAAAUGAUAUUUGAUUCAACCACUAUAAUUAGACUACUUAACCUCUGUUAGGUUAUGACUUAUGACCAUAAUUGACUAUUGUACUCUACACUUUUCUUUCUUUUUUUCAUCUUUUUUUCCUAGUAAUGCCUUUAUCUCUGCUUGUUUUAAAGCUGUAAAUGAACACUUUAA